AUGUCAGAACCCUCGGUCCCAUGUUCCCUGGUCCUCCAGUUCCACCCGUUGAUGGAGACUGUCGUCCUCAGUAAUGUUGACAGCCAGGCGACAGAAGCGCAGGUCCUAGACAGCUAUGCUGCUGCUGUUGAAGGCCACUACGGCUGCCCAAAAGGCACGAUUCGUUCUACCUGCACACGAAUUAUACCCUAUGUCCCAAAAUACCCGACUUUGCAGGUGUCACAACCGAUAAUCAAUCAAUUUUUUCAAGAAGCGACAACGGUUGGAAUGCCGACACCCACUGACCUACCUUUCAAAGAGAUGUUCAACGGCGAGGCGGGCUUCUGCCUAGUAGAGGUCACAUCCGAACACCCUUUCCUCAAACUGGGAGCAUACUCGACUCAGCAAUCCAACCGUAAUACGGAACUGGAACGUACCAUAGCCAACUUAGAAGCAAACCAAAGAAGUUUGAGUGCAAUGGUGGAAUUACUGCAGGGCGAAGGAAUACCAGCUAGUAAGAAGGGGAAAAACCAGCUGGCCAGGGCUCAAGCGACUGCAGUAAGGGAAAACACGGCCCAAGCUGUGAGUGACCUAACCAGCAGUUCAACUGAUGCCUCCGAGCUCAAUCCUUCGGCGCUACUGGCGAAAAUCCAACGUCUCGAAACAAUGAUGUUGCAGAGAGAUGAGGGGCUGGAGGCUGAGCGCAAGGAGCGAGAGAUUGCGCUGGAGGCUGAGCGUGCGGAGCGAAGGAAAUUGGAGGAAACCACUAGGGUUCUCCAGGAUAUGUGGGCUACUGAAAAGGAAGAGCGGGUAGAGCAAUAUGGAGAGGUUGUAGAGCGCACAGAAGACUUGGAGUGGUGUCUUAUGCACAAGGACCCCCUCUUACUUGACCGGAUUCGUCUUCGAAGCCUGCUCGAUGCUGGACAGGCAAAACUGGCCCACUUUGCCGGUCUAGUGUCACCUAACAACAUCUUAACACCCUCGGCGGCCUGGCGAACGAAAUUAAAUGCCUGUGGAAAGUAUUCUGAUGAGCUCCGCCUCAGAGUCGCACAAGAUCUUGUGGACUCACAGGGCCUACCUCCCCCACCCAUAGCCAGACUUUCCAAAAACGCCCAGGCAAUGCGCCUCCUCACAGAGAGAAAAUCCUCUAUUCGCAGGCAAGGCAACAGUGUAGCUCAUCAGCUGGUCAAUGGAUCAGUCCUCAGGGAAAUCAUAGGGAGGAGUAAAUGCCUGUAUAAUAUGGCUUGUGUUCCCGCACGUCUCUUCCCCAAUUUGAGGGCAAUGCUCGUGGAAGCAAAAGUCCUAGCCAUGAUCCAGUGGAAACCUAGCUCCUGA